AUGACCAACAUGAGCUGGAGCUUCCUGACGCGGCUGCUGGAGGAGAUCCACAACCAUUCCACCUUCGUGGGCAAGGUGUGGCUCACCGUGCUGAUCGUGUUUCGCAUCGUGCUCACGGCGGUGGGCGGGGAGUCCAUCUACUCGGAUGAGCAGAGCAAGUUCACGUGUAACACACGGCAGCCGGGCUGCGACAACGUGUGCUACGACGCCUUCGCCCCGCUGUCGCACGUGCGUUUCUGGGUCUUCCAGAUUGUAGUCAUCUCCACGCCCUCUGUCAUGUACCUGGGUUACGCCAUCCACCGCCUGGCGCGGGCUUCCGAGGAGGAGCGACGCCGCGCGCUCCGUCGCCGCCACAACCGCUUGCCGGGCCCCCGCCGGCCGCCCCCGCUGCCCCACGCCGGCUGGCCCGAGCCCUCGGAUCUGGGCGAGGAGGAGCCCAUGCUGGCCCUGGGCGAGGAGGACGAGCUGGAGGCGGCUGAGGGCCUGGGCGAGGAGGAGGACGAGGAGGCGGCCAUGGCCACCAAGGGGGCCAGUGUGGAAGGCAAGACUGCCGCGGGGACCCCGGGCCCGGCCGCCAAGCACGACGGGCGGCGGCGCAUUCAGCGCGAGGGCCUGAUGCGCGCGUACGUGGCGCAGCUGCUGGCGCGAGCCGUCUUCGAGGUGGCCUUCCUGGUGGGCCAGUACCUGCUGUACGGCUUCGAGGUGCAGCCCUUCUUCCAAUGCAGCCGCCAGCCUUGUCCGCACAUGGUCGACUGCUUCGUGUCGCGGCCCACGGAGAAGACGGUCUUCCUGCUGGUCAUGUAUGUGGUCAGCUGCCUGUGCCUGCUGCUCAACCUGUGCGAGAUGGCGCACCUGGGGCUGGGCAGCGCCGCCGCCGCGAGGGGCGCGCCCCGGGCCUCCGGCAUGGCUGCCUCCUCCCGGACCGGCAGCGCCACCUCUGGGGGCACUGUCGGGGAGCCUGGCCGCCCCGGCGUAGCCCCUGAGCGUCAAGGCGCCAAGCCUAAAGCCGGAUCAGAGCCCGGCAGCGCCAGCAGCAGGGAUGGGAAGACCACUGUGUGGAUCUGA